AUGACGACCAUUUUUGAUGAUUUGUUGCAUAAUUUGGUCGAAUGUUAUAUUGAUGACUUGGUGGUCAAGACAAAAAAUAGAAUUGAUCAUCUCGUAGAUCUGAGAAUUGUUUUUGAUCAAUUUCGAAAAUAUCAAUUGAAAAUGAAUCCUUUGAAGUGCGCAUUUGGGGUCACCUCCGGAAAGUUCUUGGGUUUUAUCGUUCGAUAUCGCGGGAUAGAAGUAGACCCAGACAAGAUUAAAGCAAUCAUCGAAAUGCCUCAUCCAAAGAGUUUAAAGCAACUGAGAUCUCUUCAAGGCAAACUUGCAUAUAUUAGAAGAUUUAUCUCCAAUUUGUCUGGUCGAAUCCACCCAUUUUCCAAACUGAUGAAAAAGGGAGCGGCAUUCAAUUGGGAUGAUUCAUGUCAGAAGCCGUAUUUGCUAAAUCCGCCAGUCUUGGCAGCACCGAUUCGCGGAAGGCCGUUAAUAUUAUAUAUCGCUGCCACACCUUCUUCCCUCGGAGCUAUGUUGGCGCAAGUAAAUGAAGAAGGUAAAGAAGUUGCAUGCUAUUAUCUCAGUCGGGUCAUGAUAGGUGCCGAGAAUAACUACUCUCCUGUUGAGAAGCUAUGUCUGGCUCUGAUAUUCGCGCUGAAGUGGCUUCGACAUUAUAUGUUGUCCCAUGAGAUUAAACUGAUUGCAAGGGCUGAUCCGAUUAAGUAUGUGCUCAACAGGCCAACAUUGAUGGGCCGAGUAGGCAAAUGGGCAGUUCUUAUGAUGGAAUUUGAUAUCACGUACGUUCCUCAACGAGCUAUUAAAGGUCAGGCCCUGGCAGAUUUCUUAGCGGCUCACCCUGUACCCGACGAUUCUCCUCUUAUUACAGACCUACCAGACGAAGAGGUAAUGACCGUGGAGAAAGUCACCCAUUACUGGCAACUAUAUUUCGAUGGAGCAUCUCGCUCAAUAGAGUCGGCAGAAGGGUCGACAAGGAAAAAAGCAGGGGUUGGAAUUGUACUUGUCACCCCAAAUAAGAGAGUCAUCUAUCACUCUUUCUCUCUUAUGAACCCUGAUUGCUCUAACAAUGAGGCCGAAUACGAAGCAUUAGCUUUCGGGUUGCUGACGGCACUAUCAAUGAAUAUAUCUCAUCUUCAAGCUUUUGGAGACUCUCAAUUGGUAAUCCGACAAGUAAAUGGAAUCUAUGAAGUGCGAAAACCGGAAUUGACUUCAUAUCAUUCAUUGGUGCUAAGCCUCAUGGAAAAGUUCACUUUCAUUGACAUCCAACAUGUUAGACGUCGCAAUAAUACACAAGCAGAUGCUCUUGGGAAGUUGGUUGCAGCUUUGUCCCUUCCUCCCGAUGGUGUUGCCGAGAUUCGGGUAGAACAGCGAUGGUUGUUACCUUCAGUCCUGGAAUUCUUCCCUUCUGACUAUCAAGAUAACGUGGUGACGUGCACCCAAGUUGAAGUAAAUGAUUGGAGGGCUCCGUUCAUUGAGUAUUUUAAAUAUGGCCACCUCCCCGAAGAUCGGAAUAAGAAGAUCGAACUUCAAAGGCGCCUGUCUCAAUAUACAUACCACAAUGACACACUUUACAAGCGGACUUAUGAUCAAAUGUGGUUGCGAUGCCUCUCUCAAACGGAAGCAGUGAAUGCGAUCAAGGAAGCACAUUCUGGAUUAUGCGGAGCACAUCAAUCCGGACCCAAAAUUGCACUGAGAUUGAAGCUGACAGGUUAUUUCUGGCCGACCAUGGUAAAAGAUUGCAUGGAUUACGCAAAGAAGUGCCACUAG